AAGAACGUCGAGAAAUGGAGGAAGAAGCAUUUCGUGUUGCACGGUGGCCUGCUUAUGUGCAGUAUGUGGACAGUCUUGUAUCAAAUCAUGUGAUGAAAGCGAUUCAGUCAAGCCUCGAUUUAUUUGAAAAGCAGACCGACUUGGAGAAGGGUCCAAGAGUAGCUUUUUUGGAGGUACUUGCGGAGUUGAGAGACCCAGACAUUUAUUUCUCACCAUCUUUGGAUCUCGAUGAUUCGGGUGGUUUGUACGAUACACUUCGAGAAAUGAUGAAGGACAUGUUUCUUCAAGCAACUAUGUUUCCGCGCAUUGAUCCUAUCGUACCGAUACCUACUUAUGAAGAUGAUAUUAAAAAUGAAGAUGCCAUGAUUGAUCUUUAUCAUGAUAUUUUGAAACGGGUUGAAAACAGUAUUAAUGAUGUUGUACAGUAUGCUUCCAAAUAUGAGAAAUAUGCUCCACUGUGGUUAGAAGAUAGACAAGAGGUGCUAGCUGGGUUUCUAAAAUAUGGUCGCGUAAUUCCUCCAGAGGAGUUCGACAAGUAUCGUUACGACAACGGCUGCGAUCCCCCUGAAGUUAAGCCUAAGCUGGAACAGUAUCAGAAAGAAAUUGACAAAUUCAACUCGCUAUAUGCUGAAGUAUCAUCAUUGCCGUCCGACUAUUUAUGUAACGGAUGGUUGAAGUUGGACUUAAAAAGAUUAAACCAAGCGAUCAUGAAUAUUAUUUGCAAAUGGAGUAAUCUUUACAAACAAAAUUUAAAGGAUCAUGUACAAACGAGCCUCAACGACCUUGAGAAAUUCAUUGUGUAUGCUUCUAAAGAAUUAUCUGUUGUACUGGAGGAAGAUGACUACGAAGGCUUGUUGAAAGUAAUGGGUGUUCUCAAUGAAGUAAAGGCCAAGAUAGAUGCCGGUACUGAAUUGAUGUUCGAGCCACUCAGAGACAUAAUAUAUGUGCUUAAGGAAUACGGCGUUGAAUUUCCUGAAGAGACAUAUGAGCAGUUGGAUGUGCUACCUGAAAGGUGGCGUAACCUCGUAAAAUUAGCAACAGUGAUGAAGAAUGAAGUGGCACCGAUGCAGGCGGCGCAGGCAGCAUUGAUUGCUAAGCGAGUUGCCCUCAUUAACCUGCGCAUAGCCAUGUACCGAGACCAGUUUAAACUUAAAGAGAUAUUCCUCGAAAGUUGUAAAGAACCAUAUAGACAAAUAGACAAAGUUAACCAAGAACUUGAGCACUUUGAGGAAAUUGUAAAAGGUUUGAAAAAAUCUUGUGGACUGUUCGAUAUACAGCCGCCAGACGAGAAGAAUCUAAAACAAUGCCGGCGAGAGCUGAAGCUGGCUAAGCAACUCUGGGAUUAUUAUAAUUUGGUGAUGGGUACGAUUGAGUUCUGGAAGAAGUCUCCAUGGAAGAAGAUAGAUGCUGAUGGAAUGGAUCAAGAAUGCAAACGCUUCACCAAAGACUUGCGACAGCUAGACAAAGAUAUGAGAGUAUGGGAACCCUAUAUUUCAAUAGAAGGAACAAUCAAGAAUUUGAUGACAUCGCUAAGAGCAGUUACUGAUCUUCAAAACCCAGCCAUCAAAGAUAGACAUUGGGUUGAGUUAAUGAUGGCCACAAAGGUAAAAUUCCAUAUCGAUGAUGAUACAACGCUAGCAGACUUAUUAGCUUUAAAUCUUCACAAAUAUGAGGAAGAAGUAAAGACAAUAGUCGAUAAGUCCGUUAAGGAAGCUGCAAUGGAAAAAACUCUCAAGGAACUAGAAGUGACUUGGGCUAUCAUGGAAUUUGAAUAUUCAGUCCAUGAUAGAACUGGUGCUAAGUUGCCAAAGGCAAGCGAAGAAUUGGUGGAGACGCUGGAAGACAAUCAGAAUCAAGUACAAACUAUGAUGUCGUCAAAGUUUAUCGGAUUUUAUGAAACGGAAGUGACGGCAUGGCAGAAGAAACUAGGAACAGCUGACGCAGUUAUUGCUCUAUGGUUCGAAGUACAGCGCAAGUGGCAGUACCUGGAGAGUAUUUUCGUAGGUUCUGAUGACAUACGCGCUCAAUUACCAGAGGAUUCUAAGAGAUUUGAUAUGAUUGAUAAAACGUUUAAGGAGCUACUGAAAGAUGUAGCUGCGACACCAAACGUAGUCCAAGCUACGAAUAAACCUGGACUUUUGGACAAGUUGGAAGAGCUAAUGGCAGCAUUAAAUCUUUGUGAAAAAGCUCUUAAUGAUUACUUGGAAACGAAGCGUUUGGCCUAUCCUCGCUUUUAUUUCGUAUCUUCAGCAGAUUUGCUCGAUAUAUUAUCCAACGGGAAUAAUCCUCCUGCAGUCUGUCGCCAUCUUUCAAAGUUGUAUGACAAUUUAGCAAAAUUGGUGUUUACAAAGCCAGGCAGCAAGCAAGCGUUUGAAAUGAUCUCAAAAGAAAACGAAGAACAUGUACCGUUUAAAGCUCCAUGUUGUGAUUGUUCUGGCAAGGUUGAAUUGUGGCUCAACCGUGUAACGGAAUGCAUGCGUUACACAUUACGCGAUAUUUUUGAACAUAGUGUAAAAUCGUAUGAGGACAAACCUCGUGACGAAUGGGUGUUUGACUGGCCGGCACAACCUGCACUGGUUGGCACCCAGAUUUGGUGGACCACGGAAACCAACCAAGCAUUUGAGAAACUUGAAGAAGGCUAUGAAAAUGCUCUCAAAGACUAUCAGAAGAAGCAAAUAGCACAGCUAAAUGCAUUGAUCGUUUUGCUAUUGGGAGACUUAACAGUCGGAGAUCGACAGAAAAUUAUGACUAUUUGUACUAUUGACGUCCAUUCAAGAGAUGUAGUAGCCAAACUUAUAGUUGCUAAAGUUGAGACUUCCACCGCUUUUCAGUGGCAGAGUCAACUAAGGCAUCGAUGGGAUAUAAAGUUAAGCAAUUGUUUCGCUAAUAUUUGCGAUGCACAGUUUCUCUAUGAUUAUGAGUAUUUGGGCAACACGCCUAGACUUGUAAUUACUCCUUUGACAGAUCGCUGCUAUAUAACAUUAACUCAGAGUCUUCAUCUUAUUAUGGGUGGAGCACCAGCGGGGCCCGCAGGAACUGGUAAAACUGAAACAACAAAGGAUUUAGGUAGAGCUCUAGGUAUAAUGGUAUAUGUGUUUAACUGUUCCGAACAAAUGGAUUACAAAUCUUGUGGCAAUAUUUAUAAAGGAUUGGCUCAAACUGGUGCAUGGGGGUGCUUUGAUGAGUUCAAUAGAAUAUCUGUUGAAGUGUUAUCAGUAGUAUCUGUACAAGUAAAGAGUGUUCUUGAUGCAAUUAAAGCGAAGAAAAAGAAGUUUGAUUUUAUGGGCGAAAUUAUUGCGCUUAUUCCCACAAUAGGAAUGUUUAUAACUAUGAAUCCAGGAUAUGCAGGAAGGACAGAAUUACCAGAAAAUCUAAAGGCUCUGUUUAGGCCUUGCGCUAUGGUAGUACCUGACUUUGAACUGAUUUGCGAGAUCAUGUUAGUGGCGGAGGGUUUCCAAGACGCUCGUUUAUUAGCACGCAAGUUUAUUACGCUUUACAUGCUAUGUAGGGAGCUAUUAUCAAAGCAAGACCAUUACGAUUGGGGUUUGAGAGCCAUCAAGUCGGUGCUAGUGGUCGCUGGAUCUUUAAAAAGAGGUGAUCGACUGAGGCCUGAAGAUCAAGUCUUGAUGAGAGCUCUACGAGAUUUCAACAUACCUAAAAUUGUUACGGAUGAUAUGCCAGUGUUUAUGGGGCUUAUUGGUGAUUUGUUUCCGGCUCUCGAUGUGCCAAGAAAAAGAGAUUUGGAUUUUGAAAAGAAACUUUACGAUGGUGCUGUGUCAAUGAAACUUCAACCGGAAGCUGGGUUUAUUUUAAAGAUGGUACAACUAGUAGAACUUUUCGCCGUUCGACAUUCAGUAUUCAUUAAUGGUUUUGCGGGAACAGGCAAGUCUAUGGUAUGGCAGUGCCUUCAUAGAACGUACCAAAUGUUAAAAAUGAAGCCAUACUACAACGACCUUGACCCAAAAGCAGUUACUAACGAUGAGUUAUUCGGUAUUAUAAAUCCAGCAACGAGGGAAUGGAAAGAUGGCUUAUUUUCUACAAUAAUGAGGGACAUGGCUAAUAUGCCAGGCGAUGGACCAAAAUGGAUAGUACUUGAUGGAGAUAUUGAUCCUAUGUGGAUCGAGAGCUUAAACACUUUGAUGGACGAUAACAAGGUAUUAACGUUAGCAAGUAAUGAACGAAUAGCUCUUACGAAAUCAAUGAGGUUAUUAUUUGAAAUUGCCACAUUGAGAACAGCUACUCCUGCCACUGUAUCUCGCGCAGGCAUUUUAUAUAUAAAUCCACAAGAUUUGGGAUGGAACCCAUUCGUGGCCUCAUGGAUUGAAACCACACGAGAUGAUGAAUCUGAAAAAGCAAUGCUAACAGUAAUGUUUGACAAGUACAUUCCAUCUCUAUUAGAGUCAUGUAAGAAGUACAAGCGCAUAACUCCUCUCAGCGAGCUUCAGCAGAUUCAGUUGACCUGUUAUCUGUUAGAGUGUUUCCUCAAUAAAAGCCUUUUACCAACUGACUGUCCCAAGGAAUGGUACGAAACUUAUUUUGUGUUUUGUAUUGUUUGGGGCUUUGGCUCUGGUCUAUUUCAAGAUCAGCUUGUGGAUUGGCGAAAUGAGUUCAGCAAAUGGUUUUGCAACGAGUUUAAACAAAUUAAGUUUCCCUCGACGGGCAAUGUAUUUGGUUUCUUUAUUGACCCCGAGACGAAGAAGUUUUUACCUUGGGCAGAAAAAGUUGAAUCAUUUGAAUUGGAUCCCGAUAUACCGCUCCAAUCAUGCUUGGUUUCAACGUCUGAAACAACUCGCAUCAGGUUUUUUAUGGAUCUUUUGAUUGCGAAGCAAAAACCAGUGAUGUUGGUGGGUAGUGCCGGAAGCGGCAAGACUGUAAGUGUAGCGGCGAAGUUAAAUUCACUUUCCGAAAACUUUGCAAUCACUAACGUUCCACUUAAUUUCUAUACUACAUCAGAAAUGAUACAAAAAGUACUCGAAAAGCCCUUGGAGAAAAAGUCAGGUCGUAAUUUUGGACCUCCUGGUAGCAAAUUUAUGAUAUACUUUGUGGAUGAUCUCAAUAUGCCAGAAGUGGACACGUACGGUACAGUACAGCCUCAUACGCUCAUCAGGCAAUUUAUGGACUAUCGUCACUGGUAUGACAGACAGAAACUAAGUCUUAAGGAUAUAUCGAAUUGCAUGUUUGUCUCGUGUAUGAACCCAACUGCUGGUUCCUUCACUAUCGAUCCACGUUUGCAGAGACAUUUCUGUACAUUUGCCGUGAGUUUUCCAGGACUGGAUGCAUGUUUCCACAUCUACAAACAGAUUCUCUCGCAACAUCUCGCUAAUCCCUUGAACAAGUUUAAUAUCAUCGUUCAGCGUUAUGCAGAACCACUAGUUAACGCGGCACUUGCUCUUCAUACGAAGCUCGCAUCAACCUUCCUUCCUACAGCAAUAAAAUUUCAUUAUAUCUUCAAUCUUAGGGAUCUUUCCAAUAUUUUCCAGGGUAUAUUAUUUACAACAGGUGAUGCCAUAAAAGCACAGUCAGAAUUGAUCAGGCUGUGGAUGCACGAAGCAACUCGUGUAUAUUCAGAUAAGUUAGUAGAUUCUUUCGACAAUGAAAAUUUCAACAAACUCAUUACAGAUGUUAUAAAGAAAAAUUGUGAGGAUUUCGACGAAAAUGUAGUGUUCGAGAAGCCCUUAAUCUAUUGCCACUUUGCGGAGGGUAUUGGGGAUCCUAAAUAUUUUCCCAUCCGAGAUUGGGCACAAAUAAAACGUUUACUUGACGAGUCUCUCUCGUCUUAUAAUGACCUCGUUGCCACGAUGAAUCUAGUACUUUUUGAAGAUGCUAUGUAUCAUAUCUGCAGAAUAAACCGAAUAUUAGAAGCUCCCCGAGGAAAUGCCUUAUUAGUAGGCGUUGGAGGAUCUGGAAAGCAGUCUCUGUCACGGUUAUCGGCUUUCAUAUCUUCACUAGAAGUUUUCCAAAUCCAACUUCGGAAAGGAUACAGUAUCAAUGACCUUAAAGUCGAUCUCGCCGCCUUAAACAUAAAAGCAGGCUUAAAGAACAUCGGCAAUAUGUUCUUAAUGACAGACGCACAAGUAGCUGACGAACGCUUUCUUGUCCUCAUCAAUGAUUUGUUAGCUUCGGGUGAAAUCCCUGAGCUUUUCGCUGAUGACGAGAUCGAGAACAUUAUUAAUGGUGUCAGAGGAGAGACAAAAGCGUCUGGUGUUCAAGAUACACGUGAAAAUUGUUGGAGAUUUUUCAUUAAUCGAGUGAGAACUAUGUUGAAGGUUGUGCUAUGCUUUUCUCCCGUGGGUGCUACGCUCCGAAUUCGGUCGCGUAAAUUCCCUUCAAUUGUCAAUUGUACGGCUAUCAAUUGGUUCCAUGAAUGGCCCCGCGAAGCACUUCGAUCUGUGUCCAAGAGGUUCAUCUCUGAAGUAGAGGCGUUACCAGCUGACCUUGUGGAGCCGGUUGCAUGCUUUAUGUCGCAUGUGCAUCAAAGUGUAAAUCAAAUGUCAGCUGUAUAUUUCCAAAAUGAGCGUCGAUAUAAUUAUACAACGCCUAAAACAUUCUUAGAACAGAUUUCAUUAUACGGUAAAUUAUUAACCGAGAAGACUAACAACUUAAAAAUGAUGAUAUUCAGACUUGAAAAUGGCUUAGAAAAGUUAGCAUCGUGUGCUGCUGACGUAGCUAUUUUAAAGGUUACUCUUGCGGAGCAAGAGCAAAUACUAAAAGUGAAAAACAGAGCUGCAGAAGAACUCAUUGAAGUAGUUGGUGCUGAAAGUGAUAAAGUAUCAAAAGAAAAAGCAUUUGCUGCGGAAGAGGAAAAGAAAGUUAAGGUUAUUGAAGAGGACGUAACAAUAAAGGCGAAAAUUUGUGCUGAUGAUUUGGCUAAAGCAGAACCAGCGUUGAUUGCCGCCCAAGAGGCGUUAAACACUCUUAACAAGAAUAAUCUAACUGAAUUGAAGUCAUUUGGGUCUCCACCAGAUGCCGUCGUAAAUGUUACAGCAGCCGUACUUGUACUUUUUUCUAAGAAGGGUAAGAUACCCAAAGAUAGGUCUUGGAAAGCAUGCAAGCUAAUGAUGGCCAAAGUAGAUCAAUUUUUAUAUGACCUGGUAUAUUAUGAUAAAGAAAAUAUUCACCCUGAUGUUAUUAAGGCUGUAUUACCAUACAUAAAAAAUCCGGAAUUUAACGCAGAAUUUAUAAUGUCGAAAUCAGCAGCCGCAGCUGGUCUUUGUGCUUGGGUAAUAAACAUCGUCAAAUUUUACGACGUGUACGUCGUUGUUGAGCCAAAAAGACGUGCUCUCAAUGCAGCCAACGCAGAGUUGCAAGCGGCGAGGGAUAAGCUCGCUUUUCUUACCGACCAGAUUAAGGAAUUGGAAGAAAAAUUAGAAGAAUUAUUAAAAGCAUUUCAAGAAGCGGUUAAUGAAAAAAUGAAGUGUCAAGCAGAAGCUGAUGCCACAAAUGCUACUAUAGAUUUAGCUAACAGAUUGGUAAAUGGAUUAGCUUCAGAGAAAGUAAGAUGGUCAGCAACUGUAGUGGAUCUAAAGGAAUCAGGAGUAAUGCUGCCGGGAGAUGUACUAGUUGUAACAGCAUUCAUAUCUUAUGUAGGCUGUUUUACUCGUCGAUAUCGCUUGUUACUCAUCGACGAGGACUGGAUACCUACGCUUGCGAAAACGGAUCCUAAAAUUGAGACAACUGAAGAUCUAGAGCCGUUAUCAAUGCUGACAGAUGACGCUCAAGUUGCGACUUGGAAUAACGAGGGUCUUCCAACUGAUACGAUGAGUACUGAGAAUGCCACUAUACUUACAAAUUCCGCUCGAUGGCCGCUUAUGAUUGAUCCUCAACUACAAGGUAUCAAAUGGAUUAAGUCUCGCUACGGGGACGCUCUCGUUGUGAUUCGCCUAACACAACGUAACUACCUUGAUCGUAUCGAACGCGCUGUAAGCAACGGCGAUGUAGUGCUGCUCGAGAACAUCGGCGAAAGUGUCGAUGCCGUGCUCGAACCUUUACUUGGACGAGUGCUCAUUCGCAAAGGAAAAGUACUAAAGAUCGGUGAUAGAGAAAUUGAUUAUCAUCCAAAUUUUCGUCUUAUAAUACAAACAAAGUUGGCAAAUCCUCAUUAUCAACCUGAAAUGCAAGCACAAUGUACUCUUAUAAAUUUCACUGUAACAAGAGAUGGACUUGAAGAACAGUUAUUAGGAGAAGUAGUGAAAGCUGAAAGACCAGAUCUAGAAACACUAAGAGCGGGACUAACGAAACAACAAAAUGAUUUCAAGAUUACUUUGAAGAGUCUUGAAGACGACUUAUUAAAACGCUUAUCAUCAGCAGGCCCGGAUAUACUUAGUGAUUCAGCUUUGGUCAUAAACCUCGAAACAACUAAAAAGACAGCUGCAGAUAUUGAAGUAAAAGUCGAAGAAGGAAAAGUAACUGCUGUGAAGAUUGAUGAAGCCCGCGAAAGAUAUAGACGAGCUGCUACUCGAGCAUCAAUCUUAUAUUUCAUAUUGAAUGAUUUGUACAAAAUAAAUCCGAUGUAUCAAUUCUCGCUCAAGGCGUAUAGUGUGGUGUUCAAAGAUGCACUCAAUAAAGCUGAACCCUCUGAUGAGUUGGAAGUUCGAGUUGCUAACUUAUUAGACAGCAUCACCUUUGCUGUAUUCGUUUACACCAGCCGUGGUUUGUUUGAAAAGGAUAAAUUGGUCUUCUUGUUCCUUGUCACUUUGCAGAUUCUACAAACUGAUGGAAAAGUCGAUCCAAGGGAACUAGACUUUUUACUUAAGUACGCAGUUGCACCAGCAAACUCACCGUACUCUUGGUUGUCUAAUAAUUCUUGGGGAGGAAUUAUAGCUUUAUCUAAAAUGGAUGCCUUCGAAAAUUUAGAUAAGGAUAUUGAAGGAGCUACAAAGAGAUGGCAAAAGUAUACGGAUGGUGAAGCUCCAGAGAGAGACAAGUUGCCUGGCGAGUGGAAGAACAAGACGUCGUUACAGCGUCUAUGCAUACUACGUGCGCUUAGGCCGGACCGCAUGUCUUAUGCAUCGGGAGCUUUUUGUGAAGAAAACCUUGGUACAAAAUAUGCGGAGGCCAGAACUCCGCCGCUAGAGAAGUCUUUUGAAGAAAGCACGUCUACAACUCCUACAUUCUUUAUUCUAUCUCCAGGAGUAGAUCCUUUGAAGGACGUUGAGAAGUUAGGUCGUAAGCUAGGAUUUUCUACUGAUAAAAAGAACUUCCACAUUGUAUCUCUGGGUCAAGGCCAAGAGGUGGUGGCAGAAGAGGCCAUGGGUGUCGCCUCCGAAAACGGCCAUUGGGUUAUUCUUCAGAACGUACAUCUCGUGGCAAAGUGGCUUUCGACACUAGAGAAGAAGAUGGAGGAGACCUUUGAAAAUCCCAUUGAAGACUACAGAUUAUUCCUAAGUGCAGAGCCAGCGUCUGAUCCUGCAUACCAUAUAAUUCCACAGGGUAUUUUAGAAUCGGCAAUUAAAAUCACUAAUGAACCUCCGAGUGGAAUGUGGGCUAAUUUGCACAAGGCUUUAGAUAACUUCAGUCAAGAGACUUUAGAAAUGUGCAGUAAGGAAGCAGAGUUCAAAGCGGUUUUGUUCGCUCUUUGCUAUUUUCAUGCUGUGGUUGCUGAACGACGUAAGUUUGGACCACAAGGAUGGAACAGAGUGUAUCCUUUCAACUUUGGCGAUUUGACAAUAUGCGUAUACGUUCUAUAUAACUACUUGGAGGCAAACCCGCGCGUGCCCUGGGAAGACUUGCGAUACCUUUUCGGAGAGAUAAUGUACGGUGGACACAUCACCGACGACUGGGACAGAAGGCUCUGUAGAACUUUCUUACUGGAGUAUAUGCAGCCGGAACUGGUCGACGGGGAGUUGGCUCUGGCUCCAGGGUUCAUAUCUCCACCCAACUCAGACUAUGUGGGCUAUCAUCACUAUAUUGACGACUUUCUUCCGGAAGAGACGCCCUAUCUAUACGGUUUACACCCUAAUGCAGAAAUUGGUUACUUAACCACUGUUUCAGAACGACUUUUUAAGGUAGUCUUUGAAAUGCAACCGCGAGAUACAGGAGCUCAAGCUGGUGGCGGCGCGAGUAAAGAAGAAAUGGUGCGAUACAUAUUAGAUGAUAUUAUGGAUAGAGUACCGGAACCGUUUAACUUAGCUGAACUGAUGGGCAAAGUGGAAGAACUCACCCCGUAUACAAUAGUCGCACUGCAAGAGUGCGAGCGAAUGAAUCGGCUCAUGGGAGAGAUCAGACGGUCACUAAAAGAGUUGGAGCUGGGUCUCAAGGGCGAACUAACAAUAAGCAGUGACAUGGAGAAUUUGAUGGAGUCUUUAUUCAUGGAUCAUGUUCCCGAAUCUUGGACAAAAUUAGCCUAUCCAAGUCUGCUAGGUCUUGCUGCGUGGUUCUCUGAUCUCUGUUUGCGUCUAACAGAACUAGAAAACUGGUCUGGAGACUUUAAUCUACCACCGGCGGUUUGGCUUGCGGGUUUCUUCAAUCCUCAGUCGUUCCUAACGGCCAUAAUGCAGCAGACAGCGCGCAAAAACGAGUGGCCUCUGGACAAGAUGUGUCUUAACUGCGACGUAACUAAGAAGAACAGGGGAGAUUUUAAUGCACCUCCACGCGAGGGUGCCAAUAUCCACGGCCUAUAUAUGGAAGGUGCCCGCUGGGAUACAUCCACGGGUGGUAUCGUGGAGUCACACAUGAUGGAACUGUUCCCCAUGAUGCCUGUCAUCUACAUCAAAGCAGUGACGCAGGACAAGCAGGACACGAGGAAUGUGUACGAAUGUCCGGUUUAUAAAAUACGGUAA